AUGCAUCUGGAUUCACACUUAAUACACUAUGUUACAAUUGUGGACACACCUUACACAAAGUUUAGGCACAACUUCAAUAAUUCAAAAAAUCCUGCUGAAGUAAGCCUUAUUAUCCGAGUUGUGAAAACCUGUCUAUAUUUAGAUAAUUAUGUAAUUGUAACACUGCUUAAUUUUUAAGAUUCUAUCUUUUUCGCCAAACUUACUACCUUGUCAACAACUGGGCAAUUUUGGUGAUCGUCUUUGUCAUUUUGCAAAGGAAUACAAUAAUGGUAUAAAAACAUUGUAAGUAUUAUAAGUCAAUAUGUUACGUAGCCUACACUGUCACUGGAAAAAAAAAGUGAAAUCCAUACUACGAAAGUUGCAAUUGGUCCACUAAAUCCAUAGUAUAUCCAUCCUAUUUCCAUACUAUAUCCAUACUAUUGAUUAUACAAUUAUUAUGGAUAACCAAAAUCCAUUCUAUUUCCAAUAAAGGUCCAUACGAUUUCCAUUCUAUGACCUUCUAUGGAUUUUCAAAUUUUUUUCCAGUGGUACUCUAUGUACAGUAUGUUGUAAGAAAGACCAAAUCGAUCAUUGUCGUGGAAUUUCAGUACUCAUUACUAAAUUACUAAAUUACUAAACUCGAGAGUAUCUGACUUCAGACUUGAGUGUUUUAUGACCAGGUAAAGCAUUCUAUAUAAUUGCUACACAAAACCAGCCCACAGCCCGCUAAUAACGGUAGAGGACGUACUUAAAAGAUUAGAUAGGGAUCUAAUUAAAUAAUUGUUCAAACGAGUUUCUCGCAAUGGCAAAGCGACUAGACUUCAGAAACGGCAAAUUCCUUUUUGUAACCUCGUUUGUUACAAAUUCUGCUUGAAAUUAAUAGAUAGAAGUAAUAGAUUGACCAUAGAUAAUACCGUGUUCUUGUGACGGUAUUUCGACUUCGAUGUUUGUAACAGGUGAUGUUGCUGGUAUUAUAGCAUAUGAUGUAUUAUAGCAUAUGAUCACUACCUCCGAAUUGACGUCACAAGGAUUAAUGUUAGGAUUAAGGAUUAGGGUUACGAUUGUAAAGAAAUUGAAGAUAUAAACAUGGACAUUGACCAAGACAAAAAGCUAAAAGAAAUAUUUUUUAUCAAAAACACCUGUGGUCGUUUGGUGACCUCUUAAUUAGCCUAAACAGAUAUAUGUCUUUGUUGCUGUUAAUAUUCACGUGGUCUUUGUGCAUUUUUGUAUGGUGAUUUUUUAACCCAACUUCAGACCUACAUACUUUGUCACAAAGUCGACAUGUGAAGCCAGUAGGCUGCUGAGUAUGAAGUUUUUAACGGACAAAAUAUCUGAAAUGCAUCAAUCGAGUUCAUGCGGUAUAAAUUGAUGUUAUGUGCUAUACGUCAAUGUCAUAAACCGAUACAACUAAACGAUAAACCGGUACAACUAGAAUAUAAACCGAUACAACUAAAAGAUGAGGAAGCAGAAGUAAAUACAACUAAAAGAUGAGGAAGCAGAAGUAAAUUGGAAAAACGAAAGUGGAUCUGUUCGGCAAAAUCGCGCGUGCCAAGCCAGAGGCGCCAAGUGAAUAUAUAUUGAAAAACAUGGCUGAAGAGAAACAGGGCAGAAUACCAAAUGUUCAGGAUUUUGUUCAGCCAUGAGAUCGAAUAUGGCUGACAGGACCAGCUUUUGACAGACAAGCCUGCUUCAAAUAUUGCAAACAUGUUCAGGCUGAAUGGUGUCUGGGAUGUUUGAAGUGUCCUGUUUUCGCAAAGCUCGUUUCACGAUGCAAUGUUCAACUCGCCUCGCUUCAAACCCCUUACAACCAACAUAAAUCACUUUUCUCCACACAGAUCGAUUUUCACUCGUCUUCUCCCAAUCUUCAACAUUUAUACUAAGAGCCUUAAGGCUGUUUUUAACAGCAUCCUUAAAACGUUUCUUAUGUUCAUGUCUUGGACGUUUACCACGUUGUAAUUCCCCAUAGAACAAUUGCUUAGGAGUCUAUCGUCUUCCAUCCUAGUAAGGUGGCAAGGUGCCCAGCCCAACGUAUUUGAUUACGUAUGACAAGGGUUUCGAUACUGUAUAUAUUGGCUCGUUGAAAAACAACUGUGUCUGGUAUAAGAGACUAUCAUUUGAUGUUUAGGAUCCUCCUAAGGCAUGUUUGAUGGAACCUUUCCAAAGACUUGAUGUGUCGACGAUAUGUAGUCCGUAACGCUGAGGUUAGUUUUGAUGGUAAUAGCUCUGUCAGACCAUACACGAUUUUCAAGCUUAUCGAAGGCUUUGCUAGCUCUCUCGAUCCUUAGAUGUAUUUCAGAAUCGAGGGAUCCAUCUCUAGAGAAAUGCUGCCAAGAUAGAGAACGAGCCCACCACGUCCAGUCUGGGACCCUCGACGAAGAUGUUGGGUUCGACAUAAGGGUGACCCGGAGGUGGUGUAUACAUGACCUUGCUUUUCUUCAAGGUGAAGUUGAGUGGAUGCUUUCGAGAAAAGAUUCAUUAUUGCUUGCAUAUCGUCUUCACUCUGAGCAACAAAAUCAGCAUCAUCAGCAUAGAGCAGCUCCCGAACGAGGGUCUGGAAAGUCUUUGACUUAGCGUUGAAACGCGCGAGAUUGAAUACUUUUCCCAUCGUCUUGAAACGUAUGAGGACACCGAUAUCACAGUCUUGGAAGGCGUAAGAGAGAGUUACAGCGGUCGUCAGGAAUAUCACCCUGUUUAAUUCGUUGUCGAUGGAUAUUGGUUCCAAGAGAGAACCAUCGAAGUUAAAGCGUGCUUUCAUGUCACGAUGGAGUUGUUUAAACAUGUUUACGAAAUCGGGAGGACAACGAAGUUUACCAAGAAUUAUCCAGAGUGCGGAUCUGUUCACAGUAUCAAAAGCUUUUGUUAGAUCUACGAAGACCUGGUAAAGAGCUACGCGAUGUUCGAUACAUUUCUCUUGGCGUUGACGGGCAAAGAAGAUCAUGUCCAUCGUACCACGACCAGAUCUAAACCCACAUUGGCUUUCUGGGAUAACAGAGGGACAUACCCACUUAAUAAGUCGAUUAAGUAAGAGUUUCGCAAAAACUUUAGCAACCGCUUCAAGCAGGCUUAUACCUGUAGUCGACACACACCGAUUUUAAUCCUUUACCUUUGUACAAUGAAAUUAAAAUUGCAUCAGUCCAGUCUUGAGGAAUAAGGUCACCUAACCAGACGUCUGAUAUCAAACGGUGGAUCUCUGCAGCAAGUUUGUCACCCCAUGAAGAAUAACCUCAAUAGGAAUGCCAUAUCAAGACCUGGUGCCUUCCCAAUAUUAAUUUGUUUGAUCGGUUUUUGGAUCUCGUCGAUGGAGGGAUGAUCCAUCAUCUCAAGGAUAAUACCCUUUUGAGGCAGAUUAUUGAUGAUGUUUUCAUUAAUGACUGAGGGAUUGUAAAAAAGAUCUGUGAAGUGUUCAGUCCAUCGUUUCAUGAUACCCUCAGGAUCCUUGUGAAUAGUAGAACCGUCCUUAGACUUGAGAGGUACCACAGAUGAUGAUUGAGGACCGAACAGUUGUCUGAUUAAGUGAUAUAAUGCUUUUGAGUCUUUACUGUCGUAAGCUUUCUGGGUUUCUUUGGGAAUGUCCGUCACCACUGGUUUUUCAUUCGACGUACGUAUGCUACACUGGAGAGACGAUUUUGCACUCUUAAAAGACUGAUAUAAAGACUCGCGAUCUUUAUCAGAUAUUGUUGGUGCAUCUUGUUUUUGUCUUCUAGAAGUUUACGGAUCUGAGGAUCAUUUUCAUCAAACUAAUCACGAUGUUUUCGCUUCCUAAGACCAAGAACUGCAACGCUAGCGUUGUAGACCUCAGUCUUAAACUUUUCCCAUGUGCCGUCAUAUUGUACAUCCUCCAAAGCUUUUUGAAGGUCUUAGCGUGGAGUCCUGCAAUUUGGAGUCCUGCAAUUUCGACACAUCGAUGCGUUUGGGUACUUUUACCCCUUGAUAUCGAGAUUUACGCAUGAUGCGGAGUUUCAAUUUGGCACGUACAAGCCGAUGAUCUGUACCACACACUGCACCUCGCAUGACUCGAACAUGCAAACGUCUUGAAGGUCCCGUUUACGAGUGAUCACGUAAUCGAGAAUAUGCCCUGCAUGUUUGGAUUGUGGGUGCGUCCAAGUAGCCUUAUGGGCAUCUUUCUGAUGUGAAAAGGUGUUGCAGAUGAGGAUUCGAAUUCAGUGCAAAGCUGGAGGAGGUGAAGACCAUCACCAUUCAACUUGCCAAAACCAUACUUCCCUAAUGCAGCCCAGGUCUCGUGAUCUCGCCCCACUCGGGCGUUGAAAUCACCAAGGAGGUUCUCUUUAUCAGCUUUUGGAAUGGAGGUUAUGACUGACCUGAAAUCUUGAUAGAAAGUCAUAAUAGAUUCUUCGCUGCUGUCAAGACAAAAGGACAGUCAUAGAUCGGUUGCAUGGUAAUGAACGCGAAAGUACACGAUUGUAUCGCUGAAACCAUGAGGUUGUUCAACUUGAUUGGUUAACUCAGUAUGAAUGCCAAAGCCUACCCCGCCCACCCCUUUUUCACUCCCUGGCUUUCUCUUCCAGAAGAAGGUAUAUUCAGCCCUUGUUUAUGUCAAUCGAUCUUCAUCGCUGAAACGGGUUUCCUGAAGUGCAGCAAAGUUAAUGUUGUAGUAUUGAGCCAACUCUUUUGCUACGAUGCCAGUUCGUCGUUCAGGGUUUGUCGACUCCUUGCGAUCAAGAAGUGUCCUGACAUUCCAAGUGCCCACCUUAAAAUUUUGUCAGUAUAGAGAGGUUCAAACUAAUACCAACAGUAUCACGAAGUAGGCUUUUCUUAUAUGUUAUACUUUUUCCCGUACAAUAUUGUUGUUUCGUCAAGGUUAUCGAGGUUUAUCGUUGUGAGUGUUUAUUUUACUCUCAUGUUAGCUGAGAAAUUGCAGGAGAGUUAAGAAAUUAGGAGUGGUCGAUGGAAAAAGUGAACGUGGAAAUCUUACCUCUCCGAAAUCUUGACUCUCCCGGCCCUGUAAUAACUCUCCUUUUAGUCAUACCCAUGCAUAUAAUCACAUGCUAUACGAUAUUUUGUUUUAGAUAUUUCGUUAUCGUUUUCAUUCAUGUACUUGAAGCACUGGUUGCAUGGAAAAUUAGCAGGUAAUUGAUAAUCUAUAAACAGUGAUAUAGAAAAAUGGUAUAUACAAUUAUACUAUGAGUCAUUAGGAACACCCAAACCAUUGAACUGAUGAUCUGUUUCUUCGAUUACUAUUAGUAUAGGUUUAUUAUUAGUCACUUAGUUUACACUUGAUAAGUAACGUUUGCUAAAUUUUCACUUGUUUAACAUCAAAAACUGCAAUGAUACGUGGAAUAGUGCAACGAUUUUGUAGAUGGAAAUUUCGAGUGUGAAUUUUAUACACAAGCCAAAUCGAUGUUUUCAAAGCCAAACCUUGUUAAAACAGCCCAACAUCGAGAAAUUUGCAUUCGUGGGCAACUCGGUAGCAAUAGGAAGAGUUAUGCAAUAUUGUAUAGAGAAAGAUGUGGAAAACAGGGGAUCUUGAGGGAUAAUUGUGCAGUCAGGAAAUGGAACUACCACGCCCCCCUCAAUCUGUGUAAUUUCGGCAUUGUUUUCCACCGAGUUGCCUACGGAGCUAGGAGGUGCUAAGAAAUGUUUUAAUCUUAAAUUGAAUGCCGUAUAAACUGAAACUUUGCACUUUUACUAAUAUUGAAGUUUUUACAAUAUUUAGUACAAUUAUUCACCGAAGUGGAGGUUAAUAGUGUAAGGAUAUUCACCGAAACACGAAGCGUUGAGGUGAAUAUGUUUGCACUACUCACCAACACUGAGGUGAAUUAUUGUUUUAGCAUAUACUACAACAAAACAAAAAUGACAGAAAAACAACGAAAAUAUUCUAAAAACAAUUUGUACUUCACUCAGCUCCCAUAAUACUGUAGUUGUAAACAAAACAGCAUAUACAUGCUUCAGUAAUUUUAUUCAUUAGAAAUAGCUUUAAAGAAUACCUCCACGCACUGUUAAGCAAAACUUUAUGGCUUUCCUUAUGUUUUGUGAAGCCACAGCUUCGUUAAGUACAAACAUUUGCUCGUCUGUAGCCGGGAAGCCAUUUUGUUUUCGUCCGGAGGUGAAUAGUGCGAGGAUAUCCGGAGCUGAGCAACCAAUCAAUCAAAUUGCGUGAAAAGCAGAAAAGCACUAUCCACCCCCGAAUAUAAUGUGUUAUUUCAUUGUGAAGUCUUGCCCAGAUGCACGAGGUCGAGGUUGCCAAUCAUGUACUUUAUAUAGUAAACAUGAUAACGUCUUCAUUAUUUUGUGUAGAGACUUGCAAUUCAAUACCUUCGACCAAAUGAAAUGGGUUUUGCAGACAUUUUAUGGUGGAGUUUUCUCCCUUGGACAUUUAGUAAGAAUAAAAGCUGCUGCAAAGAAGCAGGCGUAA